AUGUUGCCACCACCAGUGAUAGAACUAUUAGUAUUCGUCCUAUCGCCGGCAGUUAUAGUCAGCGCUGCUGACUGCACCCUAACCCAAUUCUCUCAAGUACAAGACGUAGUGGCAAACUGCACCGACAUCGUAGUUCAAGAUCUCACGGUCCCUGGUGGAGAGUCGCUGGAACUAGACCUGCAGACCGGCACGACAUUAACUUUCCAGGGUCAAGUAGUGUUCAAUGUGUCGAACUGGAUGGGACCCUUGGUGAGAAUCACAGGCGACCAGCUCACGGUCGGAGGUGUGGCAGGUCACGUAUUCGACGGCCAGGGCCAACUUUAUUGGGACGGUGCGGGCAGUAGUAGCGCAUCGGCGAAGCCCAACUUCCUCACCAUCACUGACGCACAGAACUCCACAUUUAGCGGGAUCAAUCUCCUUAACUGCCCCAUCAGUUGUGUGUCCGUCGUUAGCUGCAACGAAGUGGUACUGGACGACUUCACGGUCGAUGUGUCUGAAGCUGGCGAGGAUGUCAAUAUUGUCGGGUUCAAUAUGACGAAUUGCGUCAACGUAAUCAUAAAAAAUUCGGUCUUCAAGAACCAGGGCGAUUGCGUCGUGGUUAAUGAGGGGGCUAAUAACACAUUUCAAGACUUGGUCUGUGAAGCUGAUGACAGUUUGAGCUUCUCAGUUGGGUUCGCGAAUAUUUCGAUCAGUGAGAACACGGAGGCAGACGUAACUGUCGAGGAUUCUGUGAUUUUAAACUCAGUCAAUGGUAUCCAAGUCAAGACCAGCCAGAAUGAUGGUCACGGGUCAACCACUAACAUUUCUUACUCCAACAUUACCGUCCAAGGUAUAAACAAUUUCGGCAUCAGCAUGGCACGGAAUAAUAUGGGGCAGGGCGAAGAAUCCAUACACAACACCCUCAUCAGAAACCCGUCAAUGAAAUCUGUUGUCGCUCGCAUGGCUGGAACAAGCUCGAUAAUGGAUUCGCAAAUCAUCUGCGAAAAAGCUGGAUGCACGGUCACGUGGAACUGGGGUGAUGGAGGCGAUUGAUUAUAAAAUUUGUUUUAAGUGUUUUAUAAUGCUUAUGUUG